AUGAUAUAUUGGAAGCUACUUCUUUUGUUUGGUACUAUUUUGAUUUUCCUGAAUAAAAAAAAUAAUGUAAGAAAUAUAAAACUGAUAGAAAAGAAAAAAAAAAAUCUUUAUGACAAUCAUAUAUAUGAAAUAGCAUGUGUAAAAACGAGAAAGAGGAAAUUUCCAUCAUUAUAUCUUUUUAAAAAUAUAAAUAGAUAUAAUAAGAUAAUCAAAAAAAACAAAAAAGAAAACAAAAUAUUUUUUGAUCGAAAUGGUAUUAAUGUACCUGAGGAUGUUGCCAUGUUUGGAAAAACAAAUGUUUAUUAUGUAAGAGAAAAUAUAUAUGAUAAAAAUAAAAAUAAUUUAAUUCCUAAUGAGGUGGAAUCGGAAUAUAUAGAAGAAUUAAAUGGUCACAAUGGUAACAAUAGUGUUAAUAAUAUGGAUCGUGUGAAUAAUAUUAGUAGUGACGAUAAUAUAAAUAGUGUGAAUAAUUUAUUGGGUCAGGCAGAAUCUCAACAAUUCAAUACGAAUAAAUCAUCACCAGCAAUGUCUAGCUAUAAUAAUACAACACCAAAAGAAGGAACAGAAGAAGAUUCUAUUUUUACUUAUAUAAACAAAGAUAGAGAUUAUGUUACUCAAGUAGGCAAUUCACCAAAUAUAAAUAUUUAUGAAAGAACCUAUCAAGCUGAUAGUAAAUAUUUGUAUAAACAGUUUGAAAAUGUGAAUGAAGUAAAUCUACAAUUAUUAAAAAAUAUAAAAAAUGUUGAUGAUAAAGAAAAGUUAAUAAAUAAAAAAGUUGUUGAAAAAGUAAAAGAAGAUAUCAAACGAUUUCAAGAAACUGAUGAAAUUAUGGAUAUUAAAGGUCGAAUUGUAAAAACAAAUAAUGAUUUAAAACAUAAAGUUAAAGAUGAUCAAGGAAAAAAAAAUACAAAUACACAAGAUGAUAUGGAUGAAGAAGAAAAAAAUGAAGUAAUUAAAAAGUUAUAUAUGAUUGAAAAAAAAACAGAUAAAUAUCUAGAAGAAAAUAUCUAUUUUGUUAUUCAAUCUUGGCUACCUGAUAUUAGAAUUGAUGAUACACUUAUACUAAUAGAUAAUAUUGAAAAAAGUUAUAACGAAUUUGAUAUGUCCAAAUAUUAUGAUCAAUUUAAUGAAGCCAAAAAAAAAGAUUUCUAUUAUGAUUUACCUCAUUACGAAAUUGAAAAUAUUCCACAAAAUAUUAAUGAUGAUACAGAAAUAGAAUGUGAACAUAUUAAUUCAUAUAAUAAUACAUAUAAUAAAUUAAAUAAUUAUAAUCUAAAAAAAUAUUCAUAUACAUAUACAACCAAUGAAAAUGCAGAUACCAAAUUUAAUAAAAAUGAACCCAUGCCACCAAUAGUACUAAUCAAUACGAAAAAAAAUUUAAUGGUACAACAAUGGGAAUCAAAACAUUUUAAAAAUAGACAUAAAAGAAAUAAAUCACAUGAAUUUACAAGAAUACAAAGAGCCUUUAGACCAUUUUCAUAUGUUGAUUUAAGUGAUAUUACAUGUAUUUAUAAAAAUAAUUUUCUUCAAUUAAAAAUGAAAUUAUCACACAGAAAAUAUAAAAAUGAUAUAUAUCCUUUUUUCAUACCUAUUAAUAAUGCCAAAGAAGAAUUAAUUGAUUUUAAUGGAUACAAAAGAAGUGGAGAUUAUUCUUGGUCUUUUUUUUGGCACAAUUUUAAUUAUGACAAAGAUACAGAUUAUAACUUUUUAAACAGAAACAUUAAAUUGAAUAUAACCGAAACGAAAUUUGAAGACGUUCAUAAGAAAAAGGCAAAGAAAAUAAUGAAAAAAAUUCUACUAGAAACAAAAGGAAAGAAAAGAUAG